UUAAAAACUGGGAAUGACCAAAAGAACCUUAACCGGCAGCUACAUAAGACCAGGAGAAGUCGCCGCUCUAUAAAGCUCUAAUCCUCUUCGCCUGCCUCAGACUCAAAUCAAAGUCCUUCCUUUCUCUAAAUAUUUUCAAACGAACCCAUAACUCUUCUCCUUCGCUCGAAAUGGCUCGCCUUCUCUUCCGUCUUCUCGGUGAAUCUAACACUCCGUCGCCUGUGCCGGAUCCCUCCACCGCCGCUGUGACUUCCGAUCUCGUGAUCAUCCUCGCUGCUCUCCUCUGCGCCAUGAUUUGUUUUCUCGGUCUAAUCGCCGUUUCUCGAUGCGUUUGGCUCCGUCGCCUCGCCGCCGGUAACCGAACCCACGCCGGCUCUCAAGGCGGUUCUGGUCAAUCUCCUCCACCGCCGGUAGCAGCGGCGAACAAAGGACUGAAGAAUAAAGUACUCCAAUCUCUACCGAAGCUGACUUUCUCGCCGGAGUCACCGUCGUCGGAGAAGUUCACCGAGUGCGCGAUCUGUCUGACGGAGUUCUCCAACGGCGACGAGCUCAGGAUUUUACCACAGUGUGGUCAUGGAUUCCACGUGUUAUGCAUUGACACGUGGCUCGGGUCUCAUUCGUCUUGCCCUUCUUGCCGUCAGAUCUUGGUGGUUGCCAGGUGUCAUAAGUGUGGGGGUUUGCCCGGUAGCUCUAGCUCCGGACCCGAACCCGAAAUUGAGAUCCGAAUCAAGCAAGGCGAAGAUGAUCCCAAUUCCUUCUUGCCUUGAUUUUAUUUAUUUCGUUUUAUUUCCGUAGUUUAGAUGUCUCUAUAGGUUUAAAGCAGAUUGUUUUUAGAGGACAAUGUUUUUAUUCUCUUAAUGUACAUGUUAAUUAUAAUUUGUAAAUGUUUUAUGAAAUGUUUUUCUCUCUGUUA